AAGGAGUGCAUCAUUAUCGACCCCGUGCUCGAGCAGGUCGAUCGCGACCUCAAGGCCAUCGAUGCGCUCGGGCUGACGCUGACACUCGCCGUUAACACUCAUUGCCACGCUGACCACAUCACGGGUACCGGCGCGAUGAAGCGGCGGCUGGCGGGCCUCAGUUCCCUCAUCUCCAAGGCGUCCGGCGCAAAGGCCGAUCGCCACUUGAAGCCCGGCGAGGCGGUGCGCUGGGCCGGCGGCCGUCGCACGCUCGCGGCGCUCGCCACGCCCGGGCACACGCCCGGGUGCAUGUCCUUCUUCGACGACUCCAUCGGGUGCGUUUUCACGGGUGACGCGUUGCUCAUCGGCAGCUGCGGGCGCACCGAUUUCCAGCAGGGCAACCCUGAGGUGCUGUACGAUUCGGUGCACGCUAAGCUCUUCAGCCUGCCCGAAACGACGCUCGUGCUGCCCGCACACGACUACAAGGGACGCGCCUACUCCACCAUCGCCGCGGAGAAAAGCAGCAACCCGCGGCUCAGCAAGAGCAAAGCAGAGUUUCUCGAGAUCAUGCGAAACCUCGAGCUGCCCUACCCCGACAGAGUCCUGACAGAGUCCUGA